AAAGCAACAGAUCCUUCAUGUUCCCUGAAAAACAACCUCACAUCACAUCUCAUUCGCCUCCAGGAAGACAUCAACGCAAAUUGAUGGAAUAUUCCAAAACACGCGUCGCGCGCAUUUAGUCAUUUAGAUCAUUAUUGGGGUCAACUUCCAUGUUUAGGAAAUGUGUUUUAAAAAAUUGAGGGGGGUCUGGCGGAUUUUGUGAAUUUUCGGAUAAGGAAUAAUGCAACAAUAGGUGAGGACCUUGGGUUAUUACUCCAAAAAAAUUAAUCUAGAAAUAGACUUUCUUUAAAUUGGCACAUUUUGUAGAUUUGAUGUAGAAUAAAACACUCCCAAUAUACCAUAGCAUAAUCUGAAACUACCGUUGAAGGUCGCCAAGUAUCCAUGACUGAACUGUUGAAUCUUUGAAGCCUAUUUUCGGCAACAACUUCUGCUUAUUUAUAGACAUUAUUCAACAAAUAUUUUGACCACAAUAGCCUGCCUAGUCCAGAUAUUAUAUAGAUGUUUUGAGAUUGCAACCUAUAGAUAAGAGUCGUUAGGGGAGUUGUAGCCUUUAUAACAGGGGGUUUUAGUCAAGGGCACUCUCUCUCUGCCUGCCUGCCGCUCGCAUUGGACUUGUUGAAAGCAACAACUGUCCCCGGUACAGUUGGAUAAAUGAGUAGUAUUAUAACAAGGACUGGCAUGAGGAAAAACUCAAUUGUCACCGUGUGAUUCACCGAGAUAUAAUAACUUAAUAACAAAUUAACGGAAUAACCAACCGUCUCUCCAUCUAAAUCUAUGAUUAACUCGGUGUGUGUUUCGUCUUACCGAGGACGCAAAUCAGGCAACAAACCUCCGUCCAAGACAUGCCUGAAGGAAGAGAUGACCAGGGCGGAAGAUUCUGAAAAAAUAAUCAUCAAUGUUGGUGGCACAAGACACGAAACCUACAAAAGCACAAUUAGGACCCUACCGGGGACGCGCCUGGCAUUGUUAGCCGACCCGCCAGAGCCGGUGAACAACCCAGACACGGACUCCCUCCCACCGACUCCCUCCCAACCCAGAUCCAUAUCUCCAUAUCCAACUACAAACGAGUUAUUUUUCGACAGGCACCCUGGCAUAUUCGCUUAUGUGUUGAACUAUUAUAGGACUGGCAAGCUUCAUUGCCCCGCCGAUGUCUGCGGGCCUCUUUUUGAAGAGGAGUUGGCGUUUUGGAUGAUAGAUGAGACCGACGUGGAGCCGUGUUGCUGGAUGACAUACCGGCAGCAUCGGGACGCAGAGGAGGCGCUGGACAUAUUCGAACCACCGGACCCAGAUGACACGGACGAUGAACUACCCAGACGGUUCGGCAUUGAGGACUGCCCGGACAGAUCGAGGGGAUGCUGCGAAGUUUGGCAACCAAAGAUAUGGGCACUCUUUGAGGACCCCUACUCAUCCAGGGCUGCUAGAGGUAUAGCUUUUGCCUCUCUGUUCUUUAUCCUGAUUUCCAUCACUACGUUCUGCCUGGAGACUCACGAGUACUUCAACGACCUGCAGAACCACACGGAACGCGUGGUGGUGGGGAACCACACUGAGGAGGUGAUCUUGGUGAAGGUGGUGACCAAGCCCAUUCUGACCGUGGUGGAGGGUGUUUGUGUGGUCUGGUUCACCUUUGAGUUCUUCGUCCGCAUCGUGUGCUGCCCCGACAAGCUGCUCUUCAUCAAGAACAUGUUAAACGUCAUUGACUUCGUGGCCAUCCUGCCCUUCUACCUGGAGAUGGGCCUCAGCGGCCUGUCCUCCUCUAAAGCAGCCUCCGACAUCCUGGGGUUUCUACGGGUAGUCCGUUUCGUCCGGAUCCUCCGGAUCUUCAAGCUGACCAGGCAUUUCGUCGGUCUGAGGGUUCUCGGCCACACGUUGAGAGCCAGCGUCAACGAGUUCUGCCUGCUUAUCGUUUUUCUGGCGUUGGGCGUCCUCAUCUUCGCCACUAUGAUCUACUACGCAGAGAGGAUAGGGGCCCAACCGGACGACCCCCGCGGCUCUAAACACACCCACUUCAAAAAUAUCCCUAUCUCCUUCUGGUGGGCCGUGGUCACCAUGACCACCCUGGGCUACGGGGACAUGUACCCCAAGACGUGGCUGGGCAUGAUAGUGGGCGCGCUGUGCGCUCUAGCGGGGGUGCUGACCAUCGCCAUGCCCGUGCCUGUUAUAGUAAACAACUUUGGGAUGUACUACUCCCUGGCCAUGGCUAAACAGAAGCUGCCUAAGAAGAAGAAAGCACACAAUCCGAACCCGGACGCUCCCACGGACACGGCCUCGUUCGGGAAGUCUGUCGCUACCACUCCCAGGGACAGUACUCAGAGUGAUACAUGGCCGCUGGCUGCAGAGGAGAAUAUCAACAGGAACCGCUCAGACUCCAAGCAGAACGGAGACGCCAACUUGGCUCUGUCGUCGGAUGAGGGGUGCAGCCUGACCCAGCCGCUGUCACCCAGCGAGAAGUGGAACCUUCGGCACGCCCACGGCGACGGUCGAGAACCCUCCCGGUCGGCCAGGGGGAACAAGAAAAGCAAGAAAGAGGCAACCUGCUUCCUGCUCACCUCCGGAGACUUCUCCUGCUCUGGAGGAGAACACACCAUAGUCACUGAAAGCUGUACAGACAUCCUGGCUGCUACUGGGCUCUAUGCCCAUCCAGAAAUCACCACUCUGACCUGAAGAAGCCAUUUUGGAUUGAUGAAGGACAAGUGGUCGUGAACCAGGGUGCAUGGUGGCAAAGCUUCAGAUUUAGGCCCCUCCCUCCUUCUCUAACUAACAUGAAGGUUCCGGAUCGUUCCGGAAGGUUCCAGAAGAAGAACGCUUGUCUUUCUGUCGAGUACAAAGUAACCAAACUCCGCGGUAGAAUCCUUCUAUCUGAUGCUUUAGAAGAUAUAGUUAUGUAUGUACACACAUCUGUCUGUUUCCAAGCAUUUAGCAUGUAUUGUAUUGCAUGAUCUAGCACUAUAAUAAUGUACCUUGAGAAUAUAACAUCAGUGAAUGUUAAUGUUAAGGGACACAUCUAAAGUUGACGAGUGUAUUGAAUAUCUCCUCUGAUGUUAAUACUUCAAUCAAACAUCAAUAUUUCCAAAUGGUGUUUUCAAGAAAUUGCUACUAUGGCAUUUGCUGAUUCUGUUUUAAAAGUGUUCAAUACACUAUACGAUCAGUUCAUAGUCCUUGUGAAGAACCCUGAGACCAGAAACCAUAUGAUGUUUCAGAAAGAAAAAACAUUGCAGUCUUUCAUCAAGGAAGCAUAAUUGGUAAAUCUUGACUAACUAAAAUACAAAAAAAAAAUGUGUGGACUUGCAUUGUUUAAAAAAAAGUGCCUGUGAACAAAUGACAGUGGGAUUAGAAGUAUGAGUUGUUGCUCCAAGCCGACUGACUCCCAGCAAAAAUAUAGUCCAGCUUUGUUUUGAUUUAAACAUGACGGUAAAUUGCUUCCCGAGUGACGCCGCAUCACAGUGUUGCAGCAUCACUACAGCCUGGGGUUCGCUUUAGUUGGCUCAUCGCGUUUUAGCGACUCCUUGUGGCGGGCCGGGCACCUGCAGGCUGACUUCUGUCCUCAGUAGAACAGUGUUUCCUCCGACACAUUGUUGCGAGCGGGUGUUAAGGAGUGUGGCGGAUGUUAAGAAGUGCGGCUUGGCGGGUCAUGAUUCAGAGGACGCAUGACUCGAGCUUCGCCUCUCCCGAGCCUGUCGGGGAGUUGCGGCAAAGAGACAAGAUUGUAAAGGGGUUAAAAAAUACAACAACAAAAAUGAUUAUAAUAAAAAACCUAACGGUUAAAACAGGUUGGUCUCUGCCUGGUAUCAUGUCAGUCAACAGACAGGCCGUAGUCACUGGCAUGUGACUAUAAAACCUAACGGUUAAAACAGGUUGGUCUCUGCCUGGUCAGUCAACAGACAGGCCGUAGUCACUGGCAUGUGACUAUAAAACCUAACGGUUAAACAGGUUGGUCUCUGCCUGGUCAGUCAACAGACAGGCCGUAGUCACUGGCAUGUGACUAUAAAACCUAACGGUUAAACAGGUUGGUCUCUGCCUGGUCAGUCAACAGACAGGCCGUAGUCACUGGCAUGUGACUAUAAAACCUAACGGUUAAACAGGUUGGUCUCUGCCUGGUAUCAUGUCAGUCAACAGACAGGCCGUAGUCACUGGCAUGUGACUAUAAAAGCUCACAUAACUUUUCUUUCACAAACAAAGUAUCAUGCAAUUCCUAUAGAAAGAUAACUUUUUUUAAAUGUCUGAAAAAUGUAAAUCAUGUAUAUCUAUUACAGUACAGUGCAUGAACAGGUCUGUUUCUGGAAGAAGAGAGUCAACAUGCAGACAGUAGUAGCAAUAGCAGCAUGUGACUAUUAAAGUUUACGCCACUGUUCACAAACAAAGUGUCUUUCAAAUCCUUAAACACAAGAAAAAAAGGAGAAAAACUCAAAUGUCAAAAUGCCUUGAGAGACCAGAUGCAGUCAGAUUAGUAGUCAAGAGGGUAGCAGGAGACUGAAGAAGCUCCUCACACUACUUGUCUUUUCACAAACAAAGUGUCUUGGAAAUCCUUGUAUAAAUUAUAUAUAAAUGAUAUUGUAUU